UUUAGGUAAUUUUUCUCUCAAUGUGAAGACAGACUGACGGACUUUUGUUUGUUCAAGGCACGCGGACACUUGAUAGCCGAUACCGAUCCGUUGGGCAUACAGAACCCAGAGUCGGCGAAGCUGCAGGGUACCCCGAAUUUGCCGCCUGAGAUUGUCGUGCGACAACACCUGAAAGGUAUGACGGAAGCGGAUAUGAACCGGGAAUUCCCGCUCGCGUCCUUCACGGUUAUCGGCGGCAAGAAGAGGAGCCUGCCUUUGCGAGAGAUACUGACCAGAUUGAACAAAGUCUACUGCGGUCACCUCGGCCUUGAAUACACGUACAUCCACGACCUGAACGUGUUAGACUGGUUGAGGGACAAGUUUGAGGUACCAGGCGCUUGGGAAUUACCGGCGGAACACCGGAAGUACACCUGGAUGAAUAUUAUGAGGGCUGUGAGUUUCGAAAACUUCCUCGCGAAAAAGUACGGGACGGAGAAGAGAUUCGGACUGGAGGGUAGCGAGUCGUUUAUAUCGGCCACUGCGGAAUGCAUUGAGACGUCCGCGGAAAAUGGAGUGCAAACUGUAGUUAUUGGCAUGGCGCAUCGCGGUCGUCUGAAUACCUUGGUGAACAUAUGCUCGAAACCGAUGGCUCAAUUAUUCACUCAGUUCAAUCCGAUUGCUUUGGAAGGAUUCGGUUCGGGUGACGUGAAGUAUCAUCUCGGGACGCAUUCGGAAAAGCUUUUGGAGAGGACUAAGAAAAAAGUGCUUCUUUCUGUAAUGGCAAAUAGUUCUCAUUUGGAAUCGAUCGACCCAGUCAUAGUCGGUCGCGUUCGCGCCGAACAAGUCGAGAAAGGCGACUCUAAACAUGGCAAAAAAUCAUUGGCGGUGUUGGUUCACGGUGAUGCUGCCUUUUCCGGUCAAGGUGUCGUUUACGAAACGAUGCAUCUCACUAAUCUUCCGGAGUACACGACCGGCGGCGUUAUACAUCUCGUGAUUAAUAAUCAAAUUGGCUUCACAACCGAUCCGAGGUAUUCACGAUCUAGCGCACAUUGUACAGAUGUGGCGCGUGUCGUUAACGCUCCCAUAUUUCACGUGCACGCUGACGAUCCCGAUUUAGCGACUUACUGCAGCAAAGUAGCCGGCGAGUAUCGGGCCACCUAUCACAACGACGUAGUGGUGGACAUCGUUGGGUAUCGGCGAAACGGUCAUAACGAGAUGGACGAGCCGAUGCUAACUCAACCACUCAUGUACAAACGUAUCAAGAAUCACCCCAGCGUUCUCUCUAUAUACAGUAACAAGCUUAUCAAAGAGGGUGUGAUAACGGAGGCUUUCGCGAAAGAGGAAAUAAGCAAAUACUUGCAUCACUGCGAGGAAGAGUUCAAGAAAGCGCAGACCAUCAGCUCCAUGCAGAUGUCCGACUGGCAUGAUAUACCCUGGACCGAUUUCUUCUCGAAUCAAAGCCCGAAGAAUGAUAUACCGCCGACCGGCAUCGACAUGGCGACCAUCAAAACGACAUGCAAGGCUAUAUCGACUCCUCCUAAAGAUAUCGAGGCGCACGUCCAAGUGUUGAGAGCGAUGGACAGGCGUGGGAAAUUGAUGGAGGCCCGACAGGUCGACUGGGCGAUGGCGGAGUGCCUGGCGUAUCUUAGCUUAGUGAAAGAGGGCCAUCACGUGAGACUGUCCGGGCAGGACGUCGAGCGGGGUACGUUUACCCAACGGAUUCACAUCAUUCACGAUCAAAGCAGGGACAAGACCUAUAAAAAUAUCCUGCACGGCGUUUUCCCGGGCCAAGCUCUGUACACCGUCUCGAAUUCCUCGCUGUCGGAGUACGGUGUUUGUGGGUUCGAGUUGGGUUACUCGGCAUACAAUCACAAUACUCUGACGAUCUGGGAGGCGCAGUUCGGCGACUUCUGUAACACCUGUCAGGUCGUAUUGGACUGCAUGCUAUGCUCCGGGCAGUCGAAAUGGGGCAGGCAAGUGGGACUGGUACUAUUGUUGCCGCAUGGCCAUGAAGGUCAAGGCCCGGAGCACACGUCGGCCAGGUUGGAGAGAUUUCUUCAGCUAUGCGAUGACGACUGUACUCACCUACCCGGCGGGGAGCCUGGCGAAACUAUCGAGCGGAUCAUGACCAGGCAACUGUUUGAUAUAAACUGGAUUGUCUGCAAUCCUUCGACACCCGCCAACGUCUUCCAUCUUCUGCGCCGGCAGAUGAAGAUGCCGUUCCGGAAACCGCUGGCCAUUAUGAGCCCCAAAUCAUUACUGCGCCACGCAAUGGCGGUGUCGGACUUUGAAGAGAUGGUAUCGGGCACGAGCUUCAAGCACGUUCUACCUGAUCCUUACGUGCAGCCCGGCAAUGUGAAGAAAGUCUUGCUCUGUUCCGGGAAAGUGUAUUACGAUGUAGUCAUCGAGAGAAAAGAACAACAUUUGGAGGAUAAGAUAGCCAUUAUCAGGGUCGAGCAAUUGUGUCCUUUCCCUUAUCACCUACUGGCGAAGGAAGUUGCGAAAUAUCCGAAAGCCACAAUAAUGUGGCUGCAAGAGGAUCAUAAGAAUCAAGGCGCUUAUUAUUAUGUGAGAGACAGAAUAGCCUUAGCAUUGGGAAUCCCGUUGGAAAGUGUGAAGUACGCCGGCCGGCCCACCUCGGCCGCGCCGGCAACUGGCAGCAAGAUCAUUUAUAAAAACGAAUACGAGGAAAUGCUCGCAAUGGCGUUGAGUCUCAAUUAAUCUGGCCGUUUUACUUCGACGGGAGCGCCGCUCGGCUUCCUACCUUCCUAAAUUCCUUCGAGUGAGAAAAUCUCAUUUGGAACGAGGGAAAAUUGCUCGAAGCGAUAGCGAAGAUACUGCCACUCGGAGUCGUAAGAGUAAACAUUUCAUUCAAGCUUAGACUGAAUUCUUAUUCCGUAUAAGUGAACGUCGAUUAGAGUGAAAUUGUUUCGGUGACAAUGAAGUAGGCUCCCAUACAACGUAACGUUUAAAAUCGGGGCAUAAGAUGCCUUAAAGACAUUUUCCAGACUAUCUUAUGACGUCUGAAACCCGAUUUUAGACGUUAUGUUGUCGGGGGUUAGAUUCACUCUUCGAUUUUCGAGUAAUGUCCAUCCGACGAUUCAGAAUGGAGAAUUCACUCUUUCUGAAUAAAAAAUCGCUCGAAUUCCAAUGACUCGCCUAUCGCUUUAUUUUUGGGGCGGAAUUUCCGA